AUGGGGGCUUCAAUUGACCGCGUCAAGCUGGAAAUUCAACCUGCUGAAAACCUGAGUGUUGAAAAAAUCGAGUAUGAUAACUUCUCCAUUGAUUCAGGACCAGGCUCAGGCUCGGUGGUUUCUUCAAAAUGCAAGCCACUUUAUACCAGUUUUAUUGACAGUUUUCGAAGAGCACCUCCUGCGACUGAAUUAGGGGGGAACAUGAAAAAGGCCAUCUCAAAGAGCGAAUUGCGGUUGAUGUCAUUGUCCACCGGGUUGGGCACCGGCUUGUUGGUUGCAGCAGGGUCGAAGUUGGGAGCUGCUGGACCCGCGGGGGUGUUGGUUGCUUAUUCCGUUGUCGGGUUUUUCAUGUUGAUCCCCAUGGUGCACUCGUUAUCGGAAUUGACGAUUGCUUACAGUGGUUUACCUGGUGGGUUUCAAUCUUACUAUGCCAAGUUUUUCGACGAAAGUUUGGCGUUUGCGUUGGGGUGGACCUAUGCUUUCCAAUGGAUAUGUAUCGUUAGUUUAGAAUUGGUCACCGCGUCCAUUACGAUUAAAUUUUGGACAACAUCGGUGCACCCUGAUGUCUGGGUUGUGUUUUUUUUGCUUAUUAUCGUUGGAAUCAACUUUGGAGGUUCAAAAGUGUAUGCUGUUUCCGAAGCCACUUUCAAUGCAAUCAAGGUGUUUACGCUUUGUGGGUUCAUCAUCUUUGGAUUGGUUAUUGACGUUGGUGGAGGACCAACUGGGUUUAUUGGAGGCAAAUAUUACCACAGCCCGGGUGCCUUUACUUCAUUCAAGGGCUUGGCCUCUGUGUUUGUCACGGGCGCCUUUUCGCUUGGUGGUUCCGAAUUCAUUUCGCUUUCAGCUGCAGAAACAAAGCACCCAAAGGCCUCGGUUCGAGCUGCGUCGAAAUUGGUUUACGUCAAGGUGAUUGUAUUGUAUGUGGGGUCAUUGGUGUUUGUCGGGUUGUUGGUUCCUCACGACUCGGACAGAUUGAUGGGCGCAGAGGGAACUGCAAGGCAUGCUUCGCCUUAUGUUUUGGCAGCCGAAUUGAACGGAGUCCGUGUUAUCCCCCACAUCAUGAAUGCCGUCAUUUUGAUCUCUGUCACCUCGGUGGGCACUGCAGCCAUGUAUAGCUCGCCAAGAUUGAUGCAAUCCUUGGCUGAACAAGGGUUGGCCCCCAAGUGGAUGAACUACAUUGACAGACAAGGCCGACCAUUGACAUGCUUGAUUGUCGUUGUCAUCUCGUCAUUUUUCGGCUUUAUUGCUGCUUAUGACAAGGAAGAAACGGUGUUUAUGUGGUUGAUGUCGAUUUCCGGGAUAUCGUUUGUCGUGUGCUGGCUCUUUAUAUGCUUGUGCCACAUUCGUUUCAGACAGGCCUUGAAGCACAAUGGCAUCCCCGUGAGCUCGUUGGCCUACGUGUCACCAACGGGGAUCAUUGGUUCCUACUUUGGAGCGGUUGUCAAUUUUUUGGUGUUGGUUGCCCAGUUUUACACGUCAUUGUGGGGCGGCCCCAACGGCGAGCCCAGUGCCCUUAGCUUUUUCGAGAAUUAUCUUGGAUUGCCCGUGCUCUUGAUCUUGUGGUUUGGUCAUAAGCUCUCGACGAAGAAUUGGAGGUUGUUUAAGUCCGUGUCUGAAAUUGACGUCAACAAGGACAGAGUGAUUCCAGACGGGGAGGUUAUCGAGGCUGAAAAAUUGGAGGAGAAGGAAAGGUAUCAACGUGCACCAUUCUGGAAAAAGGUCUUGAUCACCUGCUUUGACUAA